UUAUUUGACAGAUUUUUUUUUAUUUUCUUAAAAAUGUCAAUAAUGGAAAAUGGAUAUUUCCCAAUUAUUCUUCUAUACACAGUGUUUGAUGUGUUUCCCAUUUGCACAAAUGUAUUAUCUUGUUUUAUAUUUAAUGACAUGAAACAAUACCCCGAGUACUGCAAGCCUUCCGAAGAACAGUUGUUCAGCUACGAUAAUAAAAUCGUGAAUCGAAAAAGAGAAGCAACGCCUUUUACUUAUGCCUUUAAAAUAUCCUACAGAAAUAACAUGUCCAACGCAUAUAUAACAAAGACAAAGAGCGAUAUUAUCCUAGAAGACAGAUCUACAUUAACUAUUAUUGGCGACAAUGGUAAAAAGUACACAGAAGAUAUUAAUAAGUACGCCGAACUGUACGAAGGCUAUAUGGAGAACAGACCUCAGGAUUCUUUCAUUAAGGGAUACAUCAAAGAUGGUUACUUCUUUGGGCGGGUUGUGAUCGACAAAAAGGCGUAUUAUAUAGGUGAAACUGGACCAGUAACCAGUCCUCUUUUAUUCGAUCGGCCAUACGAUUUGUAUAAAAAACUAUACGAUAAAAACGAUCCCAGUUAUGACGCUGCCUUUAUUAAAGAAGCGGAAAAAGUUUAUCGAGAAAGCGAGUUGGACACGAACAAUAUGACUGAAAAGGAGAUCAUGCAGCGCUUUAAGAAAUGGAAAAAGGAAGGGAUGCUCUGUCCAGUAUUAGUAGUAUUAGAAAACUCAUUUCUACGAUUACUACAUAAAGGUAAUAAAGAAGCAGCAAUUUCGCACGCUUUAUUCACUCUAGACGAAACGAACGCCAUCUGGAGAAGAACAGACUUCGAUAACGAAGGUGGACCCGAUAACAUAGGAUUUUACAUUAAAAAAAUGGAGGUGAUCGAAACUAAUGAACCUGUAUAUUAUAUUGAGCCAUACACACGAUGGCUAAAAGAUGCUGGCGAUAUCUUGAGGAAAUUUUCUUUGUAUAGCGAACUGGGCAAAUACUGUAUAGGGAUGGUUAUAACAAAUCAAAGAUUUAAAAACUACGUUUUGGCAAUGGCAUAUAUGGGCAAUCGAAAGAAUAACAAACCGGGUGGAAUAUGUCAAAAAACCAUUAACAAUAAAACAAUCAAUACGUUGACGGCGUCAGCGGCCACCAGCAGAAGAGACAAGAUAAAUCAGAUUAGGUUCGAAGCAUCCAUUGCUCACGAAUUAGGUAUCACCAUACAAUAAGUUGCUAACUAAAGUAUUUUCAUUAUAUUGUGUUUCUUUGAAU